AUGUAUGUGGUGAAGAGAGACGGAAGUCUGCGCGGGGGCCUACACGCCAACCAUCAAGAUUACGCCUCGCUUGCGGCGAGGAUUGCGGUCUCGAAUCUUGACAGCUUGCGGCGAGGAUUGCGGUCUCGAAUCCGCUCUCUAAAAAUUGACAAAAAUAGGAUUAAGGUCAUGUAUCAUCAUUAUAAUGAGAGAUCAGGACUGGAAGCGCCUCUGAUUGCUGAUGAUGUUUAUGAGAUAAUCAUGAAGAAUGCAACUCGCCUGGACAGUGAGAUAAUCUACGAUAGAGAUUUUGAUUAUGACUCAACACAUGCUGAUAGAAGGUUGUUGAGACUUGAGAGACCUCAACACAUGCUGAUGAGAGUUGCCGUUGGGAUUCAUAAGGAUGAUGUUUAUUCUGCUGUAAAAACAUACCAUCCAAUGUCGCAACAAUUUGCACAUGCUUCCCCCACUUUGUUUAUUGCCUACAAUCCAACAUCUAUAGAGCCGAAGAGUUCUGAGGUUUGUUUAUUAGCACCUGGUGACAUCACUCUGCAAGUUUUAAGGCAUGACAAGUUCCUACGUAAGCCUAAUACUUCAAUUUUGCAGUGGAGAAUUUGUAGUUGUGAACAAACAUCUCCUGCAACUGUGUGGGAGAUCAAGCGAAGGACAGUUGUUGACGUGGCCACUGAUCGCGGCUGCUUUAUAGAUCAAAGUCAGAGCUUGAACAUUCACACGGACCAACCAAACUUUGGAAAGUUAACUUCACUUCACUUCCAUGCUUGGUCGAAGGGUCUCAAAACGGGAAUGUAUUACUUGCGUUCACGUGCUGCUGCUGAUGAAAUUAAGCUCACUGUGGAUAUUUCCUUGCUCAAGAAGGAACCAGUGGAAGAGGACAAUUUGGAAUGUAAAAUGGCUCAAGUUGCCUGUUCCUUGGAAAACCGUGAAGAGUGCAUGGCAUGUGGAAGUUAAGAAUUAUCGACACUUGACCUUUAGAAAGAUGAAGUGUGGCAAUGACUACUUCAAAGCUGCAGGAGUCUUACGUCAAAAAUUGAGUAACAUAUAUUUCUCUUAUCUGCGCUUGUUGAGAGAGAAGUGCUCUUUUGAGUAACAUAUAUUUCUCAUAUUUUCCUGCUCAUAUAUACUAUCAACAUCGGCUUCUCUACUUCAUACUUCACAGCAUGUCAAUUUGUAAACCUGUGAUGUUGAAAUCAUAACGUUUACUUGUACUCACGACUUCUCAUUUUUGACAGUGAAUGAUCUAUUCUGUUUAUGCGCCAGACAAAAGUUCAACUUUUAUACUUUGGUGGAAUUUUUUUUUUCCUUAAGUCAGAUAUGUGAUCGGUCAUACAUUUACGAGAGCAUCCAUUGACCUAGUCUGGUUGAUUCGAAGUGAAUUAUUCAUGCAGCAUUUUGUUCUUCAGCUGCAAAGUGCAAACAGUCUAUGUAGGGGCGUUGAGGUUCAUAUCCUUAACGGGCAUGAGCGAGUUACAGGACGUGACACCGCUGAAGAGGAUAAUCUUUGAAAUUGCCUACUUCAAUAAGGACCGUUUGGAUCGGGUAUGUUGAAGGGAAAAUGAGAGGGAAAGCUGUCAAUUUGCCAGCUUUUUGGCAGCUUCCCCCCAAAAUAUAAGCGAUUUUGGGGGAAAGCUGACAAAUUGACAGCUUCCCCCGUCCUUUCCCCUUUAAAAUACCCGAUCCAAACAACCCCUAAACAAAAUUUUGGAGAUAUACAGUGACGUCACCGAAACAAAAUUUUGGCUGUGCCACUGGAUAUGCUACAUUUUUUUCACUUGAGUUGCUGUCCUAUUGGAUUGGUAUCUCAGGAGAUAUAUUGUGGGCCAUUCAUCCAGUGAUAUCAGGCCUAAGGGGCUUAAGUGGGACCCCCAAUGUGAUCUUCUUUCGGAUGAAAUCAUUCAAGAAGUAAAUGCAAACGAUCAUCUUCCCGCAGAUAAUCAAGAAUAUCUUUCCCAAUAAUGGCGUGAAAUAUCUCGUGACUCGGACUGGCCUUGGUUUACGAUGGUCUUUUUACAUGUUGGCCCCUUGCUUUUUUCAUAUCUCAAAAUCUGCCUUCCGAAUCAUUGAAAGCAUCAUUUACGCCCUCAGUUCGUGCAAGUUGUUUCCCAAUUUAGUUCCUUUAUCUGUCCAAUUCCUUAAACAUUAAUG